AUGACGGAAAAUCCGUUCGCUCUGUUCAAGAAGCCGAAAGCGGACCCCAAGAUCUUCCACGAUGACGUUGUCAGGCUCUUCAAGAUUACGCUGAAUAUGGAAGAAGAAAUUCUUCCGGCAGUGCUGCUCCCAAACAUGGUUGGCGAGGAGACGUUCUUCAGCGCUUUGAAUCUGGAGGAAGCUAUUUUACAACGCGCUGAUUUGGAAGGUCCGGGAGAUUACCUCCUCGGUGGGAGUGGAACACCUAGAUCGGGAGACAGCUGGAUGCUAAAGAUGGUUGCCGUUAUUUAUUCGACCUCGUCGCCUAUCAAAUUCGCCGCCGAGAGGGCUUUUGGCUCCGCACUUGGGAAACGCAUGUCUACUCGUCGAAUGCUAGCCGUCGCCAUUUACAACGCCGCGACAAGCUCCACCCCUGUCGAUUCAGGUGUCUCCAACGAGGCAGCUUGCUGGGCAAUCAACGCAGCCGCGGCUUAUGGACCAGCCAUUGGGCUGAGAUUCAUUUGCUCGAGCUUCUCCGUUUCCAUUUCCCAAACGAGCUUGACCGACACUUCCAUGGUUUUGUUCAAAGCGUCGGAGAUCUUUUCGUCCGUCUACUCGAUGCGUUGCCUAGUCCAGUUCUCCCUCGCCGAGUCGAAGCUUUGCCCUUUUCGCCACAUCUUCUCGAAGAAUCCCUUCCCAGACGCAUUUCAAGUCAACCCUAAUCUCUACCCCUUCUUCAAGGACUUUGACAAGAGUUACAAGACCCGCAACGGGUUGGAGGAAGAAAUUGGAAUUAUCCGCCACACGAUGAGCUUGUACACUCAGAAUUUGCACCGAAUGAUGAAGGUGGCUCUUCAAGACGAUUUGAGCAGAUCGGGCUUGUUGAAAAUCCUCUUCAACAUCCUCAACGACAACAAGGAAGAAGGCAACACGGCUUCAACGAUUCGUGAUCCCAUGGGCAAACUGUCGAUCAAGUUCGCCCAGAGUUUGUCGAUCACGUCACUGCUUCUCCAAGCUGUGAAGGGAUUCAUCAAGAAGCCACUUUCCGAACUAAAUAUUCAGUCGGACUGGUGUUUCGCGGAUCGACUGCGAUUCGAUCUUUUUACGCGUCAGAGCACUCUUCAGCCUGUUGAAUCACGCGAGCUGUCAAAUCAAGCACCGAACUUGGACGAGAGCAUCUUUGAUGAAAAAGCUGCCAGCUACGGAACACUUUUUUGGCUGCUCCAUUUGUCCAUGCGGCAAAGCCUUCAUCCCGUCAUCUCCCAGUUCAACUACCAAAUGCAGCACAUGAUGCGGCAGCUCCAAAACCGCCUGAUUGAGGCUGAGCGCGACGGAAACAAUCGAGAAGCGCAAAUGGCCAAGUUACAGUUACACUACUUAAACAAUAAGAUUUACACGCUUAACGCGAUUCUGAUGGAAAGCAACUUCAAAUUUGCCUGCUUCUCAUUCUUCCGCUUGACGAUGAAAUUCCUUAUCAACGUGGCUAACGAAACGCCGGAGAGCCUGAUGAGCAUUCCCGAAUUCGUUCUUGAAAAUAUCAACGAUGUGAUGGGACAAUUGAGCCGUUUCGAAAAGGACUUUCUCGCCGACGCCGUGGACGAGGAUUUCUUGCACACUGCCUAUACUUAUAUCGUUUUGUACAUGAAAGGACCCACCUAUGCCUUCAACCCGCAUCUACGAAAAGACCUCGGCCCUCUUUUAACCAUCUGCACUCCUUUUGACCGGCGGCGCGAAGGAGACGGCUCCCAUGCCGGAUCCGUCCUAACCAUGGUCGGCCAGCUGCGACACUCGGCGAUCAAGAACUUCGAAGACAAAUACGGACUCGCCAAAGCCGUCAUUGGCGUUUUCUGCGACUGUGAACUUGUCACCGACGAUGAAGGCUUUGAUUCGAAGUUUACUUUCCGAAUGCCGUUUUAUACUGUUUUGGAUGGGCUUUGGAAAAUGGAAGAGUACAGGAAGGAAAUUGUGAAGCUGUCGGAAGAGGCGCUGGAUGAUAUGAGCAAGCAGCCGCUGUUUUUGAGAUUCAUAAGUUUGCUGAUCGAUGAUACGAAUUCGAUGAUGGGCAAAAGCAUGGAAACAUUUCAAGAAAUCAGAACAUUGGAGCUAAAAGAAGACCGAACAGAUGAAGACAAGGAUCGACUAGAAAAGCUCUACCGACAAGCUUACAGUUACGUCGGUUUAUCCCAAGAGACGCUGAAUCUCUUUGGCCUCCUUUCCGAGGGUUGCCAGCCGCUCUUUGCCGAUCCGACUCUCGUCUCGCGAAUCGCUGAAAUGGCGAAUUUCUUCAUGAACAUGCUCGUCGGAAAGAAACGAAAAAUGCUCAAGGUGAAGGAUCCGAAGAAGAUCAAUUUCCGACCGAUUGAUAUGGUCAAGAGUCUAGCGCUUUUGUACGUCAACAUGGCGGAUUUUGAAAACUGGAACAAGGCAGUUUGCGCGGAUGAACGAGCUUUUUCGAUGGGAAUGAUUGAAGAAGGCGCAAAAAUUCUCCUCAACAGUAGUUUACCAAGCGCACAAACAGUUGGGGCAAAAUUCAAAGAGUUAAUUCUCAUCCUGCAAGACUACAUCGAGGAGGAAAUCGACUUCGAGGAGGAGCCGCCAGACGAGUUCUGUGAUCCAAUCAUGGGCUCGCUCAUGGAGGACCCCGUCGAGUUGCCCAAGUCCGGCGCAAUUCUUUGUCGAAAUACAAUCGCCAGACAGUUGCUCGUGACGCCGAUUGAUCCUUUCAACCGACAGCCUUUGACACUCGAAGAAGUGAUUCCGCGGCCAGACCUGAAGGAACAGAUAAAAAAGUGGAAGAGAGAGCAGCGAGAAAAGUAUUCGAAGUCGCUAUCAGAAAGAUCAGUGACGAAGUCGGAAGAGUUGGAACACGCUCCAAUGGAUUGA